CAUGAUGAGAGGACACAUCUGGAGGGACCAUUUUGUCCAGCAUCUUUCACCAUCUCUGUAUUGCUUCAUCAGCAUGAGGGGCAAUUUUCUUCGGACCAUCUUUUAUUGUCAUCUCUAUUCUCCUCCUCCUCCUCCUGAUGUUUCCAUUGACUCACUUGGCAAACCCAUAUCUUUAAUCUCGAUUCUUGAUUGAUUCUCCUGAAAUAAAAAUGCUUACUUUGCUCACUGAUAUAUAUAUGUGGGCAGUCCACGGUCAGCAUGAGUCAACUGUUGGAGAAGGGUGUGAUUGAUUUGCUGAGAUUUAGGAGAGUUGAGAAGGAAUGAAAGGAAUUUGGGUUGUUUUAACAUGGGUUGUGAUCUUUGUUGGGGCUUGUCCAAAGGGUAUGAGCAAGAAUGGAACUUCUUCUUCUUCAAGGCCUGCAGUGGUUAAUAUUGGGGCUAUUUUUGUCUCUGACUCAACAAUUGGAAGGUCUGCCAAGAUUGCAAUUGAGGCGGCUGUCAAAGACGUAAAUGCCGACCCCACCGUCCUCCACGGGACCCAGCUGGCAGUGAAGUUCCAAAGCUCCAACUGCAGUGGGUUUCUUGGCAUGGUUUCAGCUUUGAAAUUCAUGGAGACGGAUGUCGUUGCAAUCAUAGGUCCACAAUCUUCGGUCGUUGCCCACACCAUCUCGCACAUUGCUAAUGAACUCCAAGUCCCUCUAUUGUCCUUUGCCGCUACGGACCCCACGCUUGCUUCUCUCCAGUUUCCUUACUUCAUCAGGACGACACAGAGCGAUCUCUAUCAGAUGAAGGCGGUUGCUGACAUCAUCAAUCACUACGGGUGGCGGGAGGUGAUUGCAGUCUUCAUUGAUGAUGACUACGGAAGAAAUGGGGUCGCCGCAUUGGACGAUGCGCUCUCCGCGAAGCGAUGUAAGCUGACUCACAAAGCGGGAAUCCCACCAAGAACUGCCACGGAUCGAGCCGGGUUAAUGGAUAUUAUGGUCCAGAUUGCUUUGAUGGAGUCCAGGGUUAUUGUUCUUCACGCAUAUCCGGAUUCGGGGUUUGCGGUUUUCUCGGUGGCCCACUAUCUCGGAAUGAUGAAUGACGGUUAUGUUUGGAUAUCCACAGACUGGCUUUCCGCCGUCUUCGAUUCCUCUCCUCGUCCUCUCCCACCGGAGAAAAUGGAUGUUAUGCAAGGAGUUCUUGUUUUGCGUCAACACACUGAAAAUUCAGCUAAAAAGAGGGCAUUCUCUUCUAGGUGGAACAAUAUGACCGGGGGCAAUUUGGGGAUAAAUUCCUACGCUCUUUAUGCUUAUGACAGUGUUUGGUUGGUCGCACACGCGGUCGAUUCGUUUCUAAACCAAGGUGGAGUUAUCUCCUUCUCCAACGACUCCAAUUUACAGCUUGAAGGGAGGAAGAGUAAUCUUCAUCUCGAAGCUUUGAGUAUCUUUGACGGGGGCCCACAUUUGAUGAAGGACAUAGUAGAGAGUGAUUUUGUUGGUCUAACAGGAAGGUUCAAGUUCACUAACGACAAAACGCUCAUUCUUCCUUCGUAUGAUAUACUCAAUGUGAUAGGGACUGGUUUUAGAAGUAUCGGUUACUGGUCAAACCAUUCUGGUUUGUCAACUUCACCUCCAGAGACCCUCAACUCAAAGCCAUCCAAUGCUAGUUUUUCAAGGGAAGCCCAAAAGCUUUAUGAUGUGAUUUGGCCCGGGCAAUCGGGGAGGAAGCCACGUGGAUGGGUUUUCCCUAACAAUGGGAAGCAACUGAGGAUUGGGGUGCCUGUUAGGACUAGUUUCCGCGAAUUCGUGUCCCAUAUCCCAGGGACUAAUACCUUUAAAGGCUUCUCCAUAGAUGUUUUUACUGCAGCGGUUACCUUGUUGCCCUAUGCGGUUCCCUACCAAUUUGUUCCCUUUGGGAAUGGGCGUGAGAAUCCAAGCUACAAUGAGUUGGUGCAAUGGGUGUCUGCUGGGCGUUUCGACGGUGCUGUUGGUGACAUUGCCAUUGUGACGAACCGGACUAAAGUUGUGGAUUUCACACAGCCAUACGCCGCAUCCGGACUUCUUGUUGUGGCCCCAUUCAAGAAGCUGAACACGGGAGCUUGGGCUUUUUUAAGACCAUUUUCUGCGCAAAUGUGGGGCGUUACUGCGUUCUUCUUCAUUGUCGUUGGCACAGUUGUUUGGAUCUUGGAGCACCGGAUUAAUGACGAAUUUCGCGGGCCUCCAAGAAAACAGCUUAUAACCAUUGUGUGGUUUAGCCUUUCCACUUUGUUCUUUGCACAUAGAGAAAAUACAGUGAGUGCCCUUGGCCGUGCGGUCCUAAUCAUAUGGCUCUUCGUGGUGUUGAUAAUCAACUCAAGUUACACUGCAAGUUUGACAUCCAUUCUCACGGUGCAGCAGCUGUAUUCUCCCAUCAAGGGGAUUGAAAGCUUGAAGGAAGGAGAUGACCCGAUAGGAUACCAAACCGGUUCUUUUGCUGAGCACUAUUUGGUCGAGGAAAUUGGGAUACCCAAGUCCCGGCUUGUGGAGAUUGGAUCACCUGAAGCAUAUGCUGCUGCACUUGAGAAGGGGCCUGCUGAAGGGGGUGUCUCUGCAGUGGUCGACGAACGCCCUUACGUGGAAAGCUUCUUGUCCAGCCAAUGUAAAUUCAGGAUUAUUGGCCAGGAGUUCACCAAAAGCGGCUGGGGUUUCGCUUUCCCGCGGGACUCACCAUUAGCCGUUGACAUGUCCACUGCAAUUCUAACACUGUCUGAGAAUGGGGAUCUGCAGAGGAUUCAUGACAAGUGGUUAACCCGAACCGGUUGCAGUUCAGAUGACACCGAGAUUGACUCGGACCGGCUUCACCUCAAGAGCUUCUGGGGUCUCUUUCUCAUUUCUGGCGGGGCGUGCGUCAUCGCGCUCCUAAUAUACUUCACUCAAAUCAUUCUCAAGUUUCGCCGAAUCGGUCGCGAUGAACCGGUUGGAGAUGGCUCGCAAAGUUCGCGUUCUAGAAGCCUGCAAAGGCUGAUAUCGCUUAUUGAUGAGAAAUCGGACCCCACGAAGAGGGAGAAAAAGAAGAGAAAAAUUGAUCCCUCAUUGUCCCUUGACACCAGCAAUGAUGGACACUCAAUCCACAUAAACAAUGAAUGAGAGGGAAGAUCCUAUCAAGAAUAUGACACUUUUAGCCCCGAUAAGUUCUUCCCAAAGUGGAUUUUUAGGGGAUUGGAGGACUAAAAAGGCGACGUUGGAAAGAGUUGUGGCGGAAAAUGGAGAGGUUAGUCAUUUGAACUAAAAGUGUACAUUAGUUUAUGUUGUAAUAUAACACAUACCACUCAAAGUGUUAUUUUUCCCUUUUUUUCUAUGUUGGGUUGGUUUGCCCUCAACAAGUCAAUAAGAAAGGACUAUCAGAUCAGAUUUUGUUUGCUGAUUCU